UCCUGAUCCUCCUCUUCUUCCGUUCUGGUGUUCCUGUUGUGCGUUGCUGCUGUCGCGUUUUGUGCGUGCUUUUCUUCUUUUUGGCGUUUUCGAUGCGUCAACUGACGCGAUGGUGUGGAAAGCAUUUGGGGCUGUUUUUUCUUUCUCUUUGGCGCUUCGUGGUUCUGUCGGUGUUCUUUUCCUCCUCCUCCUCCUCCUCCUCCUGGUCUUCCUCUUCUUCCGUCCUGGUGUUCCUGUUGUGCGUUGCUGCUGUCGCGUUCUGUGCGUGCUUUUCUUUUUGGCGUUUUCGAUGCGUCAACUGACGCGAUGGUGUGGAAAGCGUUCAGGGCUGUUUUUUCUUUCGUGCUUGUGUGUGGCUGGCCGUCUCGUCUCUGGAUGGCUUUGGAGAUUAGUUCGGGAAGGACAUGAAGGUAAAAAUAAAUGAAUGUAAUAUCAUUAGCUCAAAUCUCUCAUGCGUGCCUCUUAUUAGUCAAUAUAAAAAAAUAGGUCAUGGGCUGCUGCGGCCUUU